UUGUGGACUGGAAAUUGGAAUAUUGAAAUGGCGGAGGCAGAGGAAAUAGUGAGGGUGUUGGAAUCUUGUUUGUCCCAAAUCAAAUGGCGCCUCAAGCUUUCUUCUAAGCGUCGCCUUGAAACUGACAUUUUGGCCUUGUGCACUGAGAUGCGACCAGUUGUAAUGGUGGACUAUGGUGGAAAGAUGCCAGAACUGCAAGAUCGGCUCUGUGCAUUUCUCAAACACUGCAGAAAUGAGUCUUCAGCAUUUGAAUUCCUUCAGGUUAUGGUUAUUGAAGAUAUGAUAUAUCUGAUUCAUCUUAGAGCAUUUGAGGAAUUUGUUAAAUUGAGUUUGAACUUGGAAAGAGAAUUUCUCUUUAUAGAUCUUGAACAUGAUCCUCCAGAGAUGAUAACAAGAGCUGAGGAGAGCCCUGCAAUUGUGGAGCUUGUGCUGGCACAGAAACUAUUUUCAUCGCUCUUUUCUGAAGGAAAAAUAAAUAGUAAUCAUUUAGGACAUUGUAGUACUGAUAUUACAGCAAAUAAUAAGCCAACUAGUUCACAGUCCUCCGAUUUUAUUGAUCUCAGUAACUGCAUUAAAGAAACUGAGGUCACAAUACCAACUCUCAAUGGAUGGCUUCUUGGCUAUCCGGUAGUAUACCUUUUUGGCAAGGAUCACAUUCAAGAUGCCAUAUAUAAUCUCUCCACCAAGUCACUCCAUCUCUUCCAAAUUCUAGUCUGCAGAAAUGGUGCACACAAUGAUCGAUCUCAAUCUCAAAAAGAAGAACUGUUGAGUUUCUCCGUUCCUUAUGAAUUGAGCUUGGAGGGGAACGAUGAACCAUGGGCACAGGCGUUUUUGGCACACAUGCAAGCAGGGCUAAAGAAAUGCGACCAAGUUUGGUCUUCCCUAAGGAUGGAGGUUGUUGGUUGCUAUCCACAAGCGAUUGCGUUUUAGUAUCAAUUUGUAAGUAGCUCCUAAAUGUGAUUACUAGCUACAAAAUUUAGACAAGUGAAAUGCAGGUAAAUGUUUCUUUUCUUGCAUGGGCACUGAUCAGAAUUUUUCACUGACCUAAUAUAUAGAAGGGUAAUGAGUUUGGGAUUCUACCCUAGUAGUCAUCUCUGCCCAAUGGAAUUAGAAAAGUAUUAAGUUUUUGUCCACUCACAUGUUUCAGAUCCUAAAUUGCCUAAUUGUUGCUAUUAUAUAUAUGAAAGGA